AUGACCCUCGACGAACUGAAGCGCGAGCUCGUCACAACAGCCCCGUCGUCGUACCCGUGCCCCUGCGCACACUGCGUCCCGCCCCCGUCGUACUCGGCGCCCGACGUGCCGCCGUACCCCCGCCCCAGCAAGGCCCGCCGCCGCAGCAGCAGCAGGAAGCGCGGCGCCGCCCAACAAAAGUUUCUGCCCGAGCUCGAGAGGAUAGACGAGAACCCGCCCCCAGAGUACAGCGAGGCGUACUGGUCCCCGCUCGCCACGCCGACAGAGCACUCGUACCCCCACGCCUACGCGCAGAGCUACUUCCCGACGUCGCCGUGCUCGACGCUGCCGCCGUGGUACUCGCCCACCUCGCCGUGCUCGACCCUGCCGCCGUGGUACUCGCCCUCGUCGGCCUCGUCCACGCCCCACUCGACCGCCCCGUCCUCCCCCACUAUCUCCUCGUACCCCUCCUCACCUGCCACUUCGCCCAGCUCCACACAUCUGCCCUGGUACCCGAUGCCGCAGGCGUACACACCGCUCCCGCGUGCUGAGCACCGCAGCGUGCCCUCCGACGCGGGGGCGUACGAACUCACACCCCUCGCCAACCCCGAGCCCUCCCUCAUCCCCGACGACCCCGACUUCGAUCCCGACUUCACCGGCGCACGCUUCAAGCGCAAGUCGUACGACCUCGCCUCGAUGGACGGCAGCCGCCGACGCCGAGGAAGCCCCGCCGGUUCGUUUCUCUCCGACCGCACGCAGUCCUUUCGGAGUACUGCGGCCAGCUCGCGCGCUCUUCUUGAGCCUUACCGCUCCCCGUCGCCGGAGGUAGGUCGGCUGGCCGCAUGGACGACAGGUGGCGACUGGUCGGCCGUGUUCCUCGCCGCUGCUUGGACUGGAGUCGCGCUGGGCAUGGGAUACCUCGCCGCAAGUGUGUACCUCCUCAUCCGGGCCCCGGGCACCACGGCGCCACACAGGGUGCCGUACACCGCCGUGUUUGUUAUCCCCACCGCGCUGGUCGGGGCAAGCGCCUUCGACAACCUGGAGCAGUGUACGGUCACCAUCCGGGGCGCAGGUCGCCUCGGAUCAAUCACGCUCGUGCUCGUCUCGGCCCUCGCCCUCGCGUCAGGUAGCCUCGCACUCGCCCCUAAAACUGGCGGCCGCAGCCAAUACGUCCCCGUCGCGAUGGUGUUCCACGCCGCGUCGCUCGCAGGACUGUCACUCUGCCUUGCGCUGACUACCACGGCGCGGAGAAAAGUCAGCUUCACGACGCUCCUCGACCAGGUGGGCACCCACGACGUCUACCCUGUGGACGACAUGGCCCGCGCGCCCUACUUCAUGUACCCUAUUCCCGCCGAGGACAUGUGGGGCAUCGCACGCGCCAACACCGCGCUGGUCGUGGCGGCCACCUUGCUCUCACUCACCUCCGUCGGGGUCUUCGCGGCCGCGACGGCGUUCGGGCUGUGCUGGCUGCACGGAGAAUUCGGGCACUGCGCCAAGCUCUCAUGGACCACCGAACCUGAUGACCUGGCCCUCCGCCUGCCGUUGUCGCCACUCGCCGGCACACUUGCGUGGCUCGCGGCGCUCACUGCCGUUUUUCUCCUCGUGGAAAACACCCAGCAGACGCUCGAGGUCCUCGUCAUGCGUUCGUGGUGGGAGAGUCUUUGGGCGAGGCGGUUCGGCGGCGAAGUGGCCGGCCACACCGUCGUCGAAGGCCAAGGGGCCCUCGCCACUCGGCACCACCUGGUCUACCUGCCGUUGAUCGCGGCAUUCGAAGCCUGGGUGAUCGCGAACGCCUUUGUCGUUCUCGGGCCCCACCUCGACCUCGUGCCCGGGUUCUGUGCCGCCGCGGCCGUGAUCCUCAUCGCCCACGCCGCCGGCACGGCGCUCGCGCUGCACGCGCUCGGGAGCUGGAGCGCCGACGGCGUCCGCAGCUUUGGCGACAAGCGUUCGUGGCUCAUGAGCGGCCUCGGCGUCGCUGGCCCAGGAGACAAGUGGGGGAGUGUGGUUGAGCCUUCGCGCGACGCGGGCCGUCCCGGAAGGCUCGGGUUUGGCUUCGACGUCGCGCCCCCCGUUCCCGGCCUGUACUCCUAUGCGUAUACUGGUGCGACGCUGUCGAGGAAUUAAUUUGUAAAACAUAACCACCACUAAAACUAAAACGGCCACUGCCACUCCUGCGUUUAGUCACGGUGGCUGACUUUGGAAAACCACGUCGUGGUGGAUCGGUGCUGGCCGACAACUGCUUGCUGGGCACGUAGUAUAGAUGCAUUCUUGGGUUUGUGUGAUUUUUGGGAAUGGAAUGCGUAGCUACAUGGCAUGCCGAACGCUGGAUCAUUCUUAAGUGUCUCGAGGAGGCAGAGACGACCGCCACUUCGUCC